UUCAAAAUUCAUCACUUUUCUACCUUCUUUUUUAAACUUUUCCUCAAUCCAUCCCCCAAUUCCUUUCUGGGUUUUCAAUCAAUUUCGAAUUUUCAUUCCUCAGUUUCACCAAUUUUGAAACCCUAAUAUUCCCAAUUCAAAGUUUAAUUUUCUGUUCCCGGAGUGUUAAUUCACUCAUUAUCGGAAAUUGGUCUUUGAAAAUCCAUCUGGGUAUUUUAAUUUAUUCAAAAAGUUUUCAAUUUUGAGAUAAAAAUUCAAUUUUUAUGUGAGAAUGCGUUCUGCAACAGAAUAUCAAGGUUCUUCUAUUUUGAAUCAACGUGUUAAUCUAGUUCACUCAAUGGAAAAUUCAAGCUUAGAAAAUGAGCUUAAUUUGUUUCAAAAACAUGUCACUGAUAGGUUCAAUGAACUAUCUUCUUCUGUUUCUAAUGAUGAUUUGUUAUCUCUUUCUUGGGUUAGGAAUCUUCUAGAUACAUUCCUUUGUUGCCAAGAGGAAUUCAGAAUGAUUCUUCAUAACCAUAGACCGAAAGUGUGUAAACCACCUUUGGAUCGUUUGGUGAAUGAGUUUUAUGAGAGGAGUGUGAAGGCAUUGGAUGUAUGCAAUGCUAUUAGAGAUGGUGUUGAAAUGGUUAGACAAUGGGAGAAGCUAUUGGAGAUUGUUCUAUGUGCUUUGGAUCAUAAAAGAAUCAUUAGUGAAGGUCAAUUUCGUCGCGCUAAGAAAGCUCUGGUUGAUUUGGCUAUUGGUAUGCUUGAUGAUAGUAAUAAAGAUUCUAAUAAUGUUUUUUCAUUUGCAUCUAGAAAUAGGUCAUUUGGUAGAAACAAUGUUAAUAGAGAUAAUCAUCAUCAUCGGCGAGAUUCAUCCACAUUAGGUCAUUUUAGAUCACUUUCUUGGAGUGUAUCAAGGAAUUGGUCAGCUACUAGACAAUUACAAGCAAUAGGGAACAAUCUUUGUUUUCCUAAGAAUAAUGAUCUUGUUGCUACAAAUGGUCUUGCAUUGGCUAUUUAUACAAUGAGUUCGAUUUUGUUGUUUACAAUGUGGGCACUUGUGGCUGCAAUUCCUUGCCAAGAUAGGGGAUUACAUCUCAACUUUUCGAUUCCGCGGCAGCUAUCUUGGGCUGCUCCGGUGACAUUACUCCACGAGCGGAUUUCGGACGAGUCGAAGAAGAGGGAGAGGAAGAAUACUUGUGGUCUUUUGAAGGAGAUUCAGAAGAUUGAGAAGUGUGCUAGGGUGAUGAAUGAUAUGGCUGACUCUUUGGAGUUUCCUUUGAGUGAGGAUAAAGAAGAUGAAGUUAGGGUUAAAGUGGAAGAUGUUGUGAAUGUUUGUGAAGGUUUGAAAGAUGGAUUGGAUACUUUGGAAAGACAAGUUAGGGAAGUGUUUCAUAAACUUGUUCGUGGUAGAAUGGAGGGGAUUGAUUUUCUCGGAUGAUAGUAAUAAAAACAUCAUCAAAUUGAUGUUUGGUUUGUGGUUUCCUUAGAAGUGUGAAAAUUGUGGAAAACAACCGCAAAAGAUGAGUUGGGUUUGUAAAUGAGAAGUUUUUUUUUGGGUAUCUAUUGGCAUGCAUAAAAUUUAGAGUUUUGUUUUUGAAUUAGACAUAUCUAGUCUUUGAUGUUCCAUUUUCUCUGUUGGCUAUUUGGCUUAUAAAUCAAGAAACUACUUUGUGUGAA